ACUGCGCAGGAGCCAAAAUCAAAAACAAAUGUUGAAAGGUGGAAGAAGAGCCUGUUUGAUCAAUUGCCCCAGAAAUACCUUGGUUGCUAAUUGAGGAAACCCAUUCGAUUCUUAAAUUAUAUCAUUUUUGUUGAACUUAUCAAGAACAGGUUUGCAAGAAGAAACCAUCCAUCAAAUCACAUGGUCUCCGUUCGCAUUUCAAGUCAAAACCCCAAGCUCCAAAGUCGAGAAUGGACAGAAUCGAUAAAAAGCAGUGCCCCGGAACUGAAGUGCCAGACCAAACGGAAGAAGACAUCGUGUAUAAAGAUGAAACAAUUUACCAGGAUGUGCAAAAUUUAGUGGAUCAAAAUGAGCUAGAAGGAACUGAUGGGCUGGCACAGUCUCCUGGAAAUGGACGUAAUGAACUUUUAGACUCACUGGCGCUGGCUGCUAAAAAAAUACAAGUUCAAGACCUCAAAAAUCCAGUUGAUGAUGAAAGAACAAGUGUAGAAGUAGAAGAAGAUGAGAAGCAAGGCAACAGCCUUUUUGACAGGUUGAAAAGGGGCCUGUUCAAUACCCGAAACACGUCGAUAAAAUUUGGAAAGCAUAUAAGUGAUGUUCCAAACAAAAAGAUAAGCAAAAUAGACACAAAUGUUACAUAUGCAUACGAUGCUCCAGAGGACGCUCUAUGGUACAUUCACAAGCGAAGAUUAAAGCGCGGUGGCAAUGAGAAAUCUGAUAAAACCCCAGUUGCUAAUAUCGUUAACUGGAAAAGACGCGACGAAGAUUGUUACGGUCUCGUAACUUCGCUUUACGAUAAACUUAUCGAUGGUUCGGGAAAUGUCGGCGAUCCAGUUGCGGACAGUUUGGCAAUAGUUGCCAGAUCAAAUAAUUGCAUACUUAUUCUUGCGGAUGGCGUGAACUGGGGCGAGCGCUCGAUGCUUGCUUCCCGCUCUUCUGUUUACGGAGCAGUCACAUAUCUAUUGAAAGAAGGGACGUUAGAUAGUGCCCAAAGUACGAAAGAUGUAUUUCGAUCUAUACUGAGAGCAUUUGAGACUGCCCAAAAUGUGAUAAUGGAGGAAGAAGCCACACUGACAACUCUCUGCAUUGGAGUUGUCGUUGAACUUGCAGAUAAAGAUAAAUGGGGGUUUUGUGUUGUUAAUGUCGGCGAUAGUCUUGCUUUUGUUUACAACGAACAAGAAGGCGUGCGUGAAGUGACUAUGGGUUCGCAUUCAGUGGAUGAGAAGCGAGACAUGCGCUACUCUGGAGGAGCAUUAGGCCCUGCAGAUGGCUACAACCCUGAUUUAACCAAUCUGACUUGCGCAUACACGUCGCUUGAGAGUGGUGAUUUUGUUUACCUUACAAGUGAUGGAAUCAGUGAUAAUUUCGAUCCGACGGUAGGCCGGUUCCCCUGUCGACGGAGGUCAAGUAAAGCAAGUCCGUUACUGCAGCGAAAAAACCCGGAAGAAAUUCGUUAUGAUUCCGAGGAGUCAAUUACGCGGCAGUUAAAGUCGUUGGGUACAAUCGAUGAUAUCGUCGAAUGGAACAUGUUAUCUCCAAGAGAGAGGCAUCAAGGCAUGCUUAACAAAAUGCGUGAUGUGAUCGAAAAGGAAGAGGGGCCACCCGGUGCGCUGGGCGUCUGUGCAAAAUUUAUGAACUUCGUUGUUAGCAAUACCCAAGGUAAGCGGUUGUUUCUGGAAAAAAACGGUAUGGCGGAAGAUGACUUGCACAAAAUGACAUCAAAAGAAAGAAAAGAACGAUCUUUGUACAUGAAAGGACAACUCGAGACGAAAUCUGGAAAGCUAGAUCAUGCAUCGAUCGCCGCAUUUCGUGUUGGGAGAUUAAAUCCACAGCCAUUGAAAAGGGUUCUUAGUGCCGCAAGUAACGAGAGUUUUGAGAUUCUAAAUCAUGAACUGGAUGGAUAUAGUAGCAUUUACAGUGCAGUUAAUCAGGAACCUUCCAGCAGCAAUUAUCAACCAGAACCUGACACAUUGGAGCAAGUAAAUAAACCUCGUGUUCGCCCAAUUCUUUAUAAUUUGCACUACGAAUCGUCAAUUUAGCUAGCAUUUUCAUAUUCUGAUAAAUUUUACAUGCGUACUUUUACCGUGAGGUAAUAGUACCUACGUCUUGUUGAAAAGCCUAGCAAUAGUCCACUUCGCCCCACCCCAAACCGCAGAACUUUGAGGGGGGGAGGGGGGUAGUUUUAAGGGACUUGGAAUCUGCUAUCUCAGAUUAAGCUGAAUUUGACACAAAUUGUUCUUUUUUGAAAAACAAAAUUGCCAUAACUUUUAGUCAAUAUCUCAAGCGGAAGCGGUUGCAGAAUUAUGGUAGGUAGAAUUCAGCAUCAUUCGUAGGCAUGGACUGUCUAAAAAUUCCAAUUUUCAAAGAAACUCCUCUUUUCAAAGACAGUCAAACAAUUUCUAUGUAACCUGUGGCUUUAAAAAUUGCUGCCCUAUGAAUAUUGAUAGCCUGGAAUUGAAACCAUAAAUAUUUUACUAAAUUGUUCUCCUGUAAAGUGACCAAAAUAAUUUUCCGAAACUUGAGUGAUAAAAACGUUCGAGUAAGUAUUUUUGAAUUGAAUUUAUUUUUUAAUUAUGUAAGUAUCUUCAAAUAGAUAGACAGUUUUCCUGCGUAUAAUUUUAAACAGAUUUUUGGAACUACCAAAAAUAUCAAAAAAACAUUUUGCCUCAAAGAGAGAAAUCAGUGAAGAAUUUUUCUUCCUAAAACAGUGUCUUCAAAGAAUCAUUGCUAACAAUGGGCCUUUGCGAGCGUGGCGACGAUCCAAACAAUGGCAGUAAACUUCUACAGAUUAACCAAAAUUAAUUUCAGACUGUCUAGAAAUGCAUUAUGGGAUGCUUGCGUGGCGCAAUGGCUCAUUGUUAGCAAUGGGUCUUUUAAAGGCUCUUGUGCAACCGGCAUGCUUUGCGACUAUAUUUUCAAAAGCCGCCUAAAAUCAUACUGUAUGAACAUACAACAACAGUCAAGACAGUAGAAAAGUCCCGUUGAACUUUUCCAUGUCAUUGAACUCCAUGAAACAACAACGAAUAUUAUCACGCCAGAUUUUUAUCACCGAGCAAGAUGAUCAAACGAAUCGAAGUUUUUUUGGUACAACAAUGUUGAAUAUUGUUCGAUGAAAUGUUUUGCAGAAUUGCCUUGGCGUCAAAGAAAAUUAACAAGUGUCUCCAAGAAGGGUCCGUUGAUAUAACGAAAAAAUAUAUUAAUUUUUAUAAUUUUUUAAAGGAUAUGUUUUUAGAUUUUAAGAUUAGAAGGCAGUAUUUUGGUUUAUAGUUCUAGUUUGAUUUAUUGUAGCUAGAUAGCUACUGUUAAUGUUAUUUUGGUAAUGUUAGAAGCCCUGAAGCGUCUUCAAGGUACCCCGAGGUGUUUUCUAGCGGCAUUGAUAAGAGCUCUCGCUUUCCAAAUUGGCCUGUGAAACAUUCAGCAACUAUCGGCAUAAAAAUCUCGAGUUAUUGUUAAAAAAUUCUCUGCAGGGGGUAGAGCCAGCAACAAUUCUGACAAAAGGGCCUAUCAAGGUGGUAAUAGUGGCCUUGUAUACUUAUCUGAAUUAGGCCUUAUAAUUUUUUCAUAAUAAGUUUUUUGACUGAAAAUACCAGAAUUGAAAGCCGUCCUCCAACUUCUUUGUAAAUCUUGAAAAGAUGAAUCAAUACAAUUUUGUCAAUCUUACAAAGCGCGGAAAUCAGGGACGAAAAAACACAUUUUGGGGCGGGGGGGCUCUAAACAAAUUUGCAAACCUUUGUCCACCAUUAUCCUUGAUGCCACAACAUUAAUAUCAUACUUCAGCAAAAAUGUCAGAGGGCUACAGCAACACCCCCUAGCCCGCCUUGCUCCGGCGUGCCUGGAAAUUUCUGGCAGGACGAUAAUAAGUAGCACUUGCCCCCAACCCCUUUUCAUAACGAUCAUGAUGCACUCUCCAGUAGUUGUUAAGUCUCCUUUUUUUCAUACUAUAACUCUUAAAGAUAAAAUUUGCUGUUUCAUAUACGAGCUCUUGUAAAAGGUUGAUGAUUUCCCUCGAGUUGUUUAAUGUUGCCCAGGCCAGCAGGUAUUCACCAAAAGUCUUAGUUUCGAUUCGAGGCCUCUUGGAUGUCAGCGUUUGUUAAUGGAAGCCAAAAUCCAGAUUUUCACAAAAUGUAGACAUUUCAAACACCUAAAAUCUUGAGCUGCAAAUUUGCAGUUUCUGUUAUGCGGCAAUAUGACAACUAUACAGGUGGCUUAUGUUUUAAUGUUCAUUUUAUAGAAUACUUUCUCGUUGGCAUAUUCCAUGUACAGAUGAGAGUGGUCGUCAAAGUGAAAAACUCUACUAGUCACGAGGUCAGCUAUCGUAUCAACUAUUGGGUAGUGAUAACGCCUUUGAUAUUAGAUCAAUCACUCUAGAGGCGGAAACCGUGAGCGUGUGGUGGGUGUGUGGUGGGGCAAGAGUCCCCAGAUUCAGAAUUUUCGGAAAAUUGAAGUUAAAUGUGGGCUUCCGCUGUUACCAAAAAGAAAGGAAAGGGGGUUGAAGACGAAAAAAAUUUUAGUCGUAGGUAAAACUUGUCUUGUUCGUUCUUUGACUUCUGGCAAAGUUAUGAAUGUUUUUACGAGAUUUUGAUUAUGUUUAUUAACGUCGUAUUACUACUUAUUUUGAUCGAACAAUUUUAGUCAGUUGAGUCGACGUUAUUGCCCCCCCCCCACCCCCCUCACGAAAAAUGAUCAAUUUCCGCCUCUAGUUCGCUGUCUAUAUUGUUUGUGUCUCGAUACCUUAGUGACCUUUUUUAUGCCUAAGUAGGAUUUGUAUGUGUCAUAGGUGGGGUAAACUGCACUGUCUUUUGCCCUACAUUAGAGAUUCUGUAGUUUAUAUAUAGAUACUGUUAUCAAAGUUGUAAGUAUGCUGUAUAUGUAUUUGGCUGUGACGUUUUAUAUCUGAUCAACAUAACGAAAUUUAUAAUUUUGUAUAUAUAUUGAAUAAUAUGAGAGUAGAAUUUAUAUUGAAAUAAUUACCUUUGAA